UACCGACCCAAAAUAUCUUAGAUUUACUUUAGAUGUCGUAUCCAGCGGAGACCAACAGCGGCGAGGUCACAUCCUGGAUUCCUCUAACCACAAAAUUUCCCUCGGUGUCGGGCUGUGCAAGCUCCUUUCGUCUCAACGGACCAAGCCUCGUUGUGUUCGACCCUGGGUACGGACUGGAUAUCAACACGAUAGUCAGGUGUCAGCCUCCUGCUGUGACAACUUGGUGGGAGCAAGCUCGUCUCGGGCUGGGUGGCGCGCCCGAUCAUACUGCGCUCAGUAUAUUGCCCUUGAUGUGCCCGGACUAUUUUCACACCGUGAAGUCCUCUAUAAAAGAUGGCUCUAGCACUCUUGCCAUGUGCUGCCCUUCAGGCUAUACUCUGGCUCACGAUCCUGUAAUUUCAAUCGCCGGUGACUGUGUGUCAGUAGUAACACCUGGAAUGAUCCUCACUUAUGCGUCCACCGCAUCUUCAUCCACUGAGAACUGGAAAACAAUGACAACAACUUUGACCCGCUCUUCCACCGUCGGUGCAAUUGCCAUUCUCGGAUGGAACGUCCAGAUUCCGAUGUCGACCGCAGCUCCGUCCGCAACAUCAGCAGCAGCUCCAUCCACAGCAUCAGGCUCCUCUCCUGCCUCAACAAGCACUGCUACUCCACAUCCUCCACAAGCAUCGCAGUCAUUACGAGGACCCCAAACAUCACAAGACAAUGCUCCAUCAGGCUCGCAAGUCCUCGGCUCAAUACAUACCAGCACAUCUCCGUCCCCUAUCGGCCUAACAACCGGAACAAAAGUAGGAAUUGGGCUUGGUGUUUCCCUAGGCGUCAUAGGCAUCAUCGCUUUGAUCGUAGCAAUCAUUCUGCUUCGACGCCACAGGAGGCCGCCAAAGGAUGAAGAUACAGACACUGCGUUCAUACUUUCGCAAACCGAGACCCCGAAGGCAUACCAGACCCCCCCUGUUCAGAAGCCGCCGCAGUAUGCAGGCCUUUAUGAGCUUUCAGGUCAUAAUUUCAUAAGAGAGCUGCCGAAUAAUGAGGUCGAGGCCAGGCCGGUUGAGCUGGAAGCUUCGACGAAGAGGCUGCGUUAAAUACAAUGCAACACUUUCGGUCCAUCGUGUCCUUUUUUUUUUUUUUUUUAAAAAACAAAAAAAAACAAA